AUGAUUGAGUACGUCUUCAGAACAAUGCUGAAAUUUGUCAAGAAGAAGACAACAUCGACGACGAGUCCAUCACCAGCGCCGCCUAUUGAGAUUUCAAGACCCAGUAAUUUAAUUGUAUCAAAACACAAAUUGGUUCGGACAGAAGGAGAUUUCAUUCUAGUCGUGGAAGAUGAUAAAGUGGUCGGAAUCUUGGAUAAACGAGAUUUGGAAUUGGCUGUGGUCCCUACAGUCCAAGCUCCACCACGUCCUGUAUCCAGCACGUUAUCGUCCACAUCCAGCACUUCUUCUCCUCAAAGUCCCCCAUAUCUAGUUCCCACAAGUUCAAAUCGUUCCGCUUCAGAAGUCGACUUUCCUACACUAUCAUCUCCAGUUGGCAUUUCUCCAAGUAAAUACAAAACUCUUCCAGCUGGUUUCUCAGCUAAACAGCAGUCUCCACUUUUCAAUUGGCAGUUUAGUCAAGGAUCUUUCGGUCUAGACUCAUCAACUUCAUCAAAUUACAAGUCUACAAGUGUUGAGCAACUAUUUUCUCCGCCAAUUCCAACUCGUAAUCGAUCAGAAUCUACACUUCAACCUCAAGGAAGUCAGAAAUACGAUACGAUUACAUUUGCUCCAGCAGUACAGUUGCCUUCAAACUCUGCAUCUGCUCAAUGCAAUGUUGAAAUACAUUUGGGAGAUGAUCGGUCUCUUCCACCACCUCCUAGCCGAGCUCCACCGGUCCCGUUGAGCUACUCUCCAUGUCUUUCUGCAGUAGUUCAUCCUGACGAACAACUAGAUUUCACAGAAGUGCAAUCAGUUUCCGUCGAAGAUCGCGAAUUAGCAGCGAUGUCAUAUGAAGAGGUUAGAAAAACUGCUGAAGAUAUUGAGUCAUAUAUACAAGGACAAAUUCAAGAGAAGUGGUGUCAUGACAGAGCACAAACUGAAAAAUGGAUUGAAAACAUUGCCGGGAGAGUAGCCAAAACUGAAACGAUCAACACGAUAAAAAUGGAAAUGGGCAGUAGGAAACGUCCAUCUCUUUCGCAAGUAUUCGACCAAAGCAAAUCGUCGUGUCCCUCUAUUGCUCCGUCUGAUCCGGAGCCUCACAAUGAUUACGAAAGAUUGUACUUAUCCAGGGAAAAGUUGCCCACUGAACGUCGAAAUAGUACAGAGUCUGAAAGUGGAGAUAUCGAAGACAUUCGUUUCUGA